AUGCCAUUUUCACCGCAACCACCAUUUGAUCCCUCACCAGACGAUGAUGAUUUCCUGAGCUUCAGCAGCGACUACGGAUCGGACUUUAGCGCCGAUGAAACCGACCUGUUGAACCAGCUUCUCGCGCAAGUUGACGCGACCGGCCCUGUGGCACCAGCAGCCACAACGCUCCAACUUCGUCACAGCCCGACGCGACAGGGCUUAUUUUCUCCAUCCCAGCCCGUCCCUGCGGCUGUUCCGGAUAUCGAAGACCUGGGUGACGAUGUAUCGGGCGAGCGCGUGUCUAGGAUACUGGGGAAAGAGAAGAGGCAUCCUAUUUGGCAGAUUCAGACGGCUGGAGGGGUACUCCCGGACGCGUUUACACAUGAGGCAGGCUGGGUCCCUGUCAGUAGGGGGGCCACGUUUGGUAUGGGGACACUUUUCUGGGACUUGAUCCGUUUUGAGCAUCCCAACUCCACAGAAGGUCGGGAGCGGCAGCGGGAAAGGGACGUGGCUCGCGAGCAGGACACUAUUAAGGGGAAUGGGGACUCGAAAGUGAAGGUUUCCCUCGAUACGCGAUCGCCCGUGGAGCGUUUUCGACGCCCGCCGAACAAGGCUUUUUCCGUCACUGAUUUGAUCUCGCCUGCCUGGUGCGAAGUGCAAUACUGGUAUACGCUCACUAAACAUGGGAGGAAGCAGAGAACAGCAGCGAUGAAGAAGGGCAGUACGAUACACAAGACGCUCGAGGACGAGAUCUAUACGACUGUUCCGGUAGAGGUUACGACGAAGGAGGAUGCGCUGGCGCUACGGAUAUGGAAUGUCAUACAGGGAUUGCGGACAUUGAGGGAGUUUGGAAUUACGCGGGAGUUGGAGAUCUGGGGGCUAGUGGAUGGGGAGCUGGUCAAUGGGGUUAUUGACCAGCUUUGUUAUGAGUGUCCCGACAUGGAGCUCGAGGCUUCGGCUGCUUCUUACUAUGCGGAGGCGGCAGCGUCGAGGGCUGUCUUGCCUGAGUACCAGAUGUCGCUGACGGACUACUUGCUAUCGCCUGCGCAGGGGGGGAAGAGGCUUGCGGACAUGUCGCGCCAUGAGGUAGAACCACAGGCUGCGGAGGAUCCGGUUAGCAGCCAAUCCACUGCUGAACUUCAGCAGCUCCCUCGGAUCUACUUGACAGACAUCAAGACGCGAGGGAGCAACUCCACGCCGACGGUCAAGAGCUCCUCGUUCCGACCGACGCUGCUCCAGCUCCAGCUUUACUAUCACAUGCUGAACCGGUUGGUACUGACCGAUGAUGUUACUAUUGAGUUGCUCGCGUCGCGGUAUGGGUUGGACCCCGAGAAGACAUUUACCGACGCUUUCAUUUGUGAAGUCGGCUCCUUGAACGACCAAUUCUUUGAUGCCCUCUCUUCGCUCGAGUUUGAUCCGGACUAUAUCCCUACCCCCGAAGACGCAAUCACACGCCAGCAAAUGUCGCAAAAUAUCGGCAACUCAGCGUCAAGGUCCGACGACGCAAAAUUACAAAACCCCUCUGCUAGCCAGGAUUCAACCAGCGUCCUCGUCGCCCACAGCAACCUAAGUCGCCUCUGGAAACUCAUGAAAGACCAACUCCGUCUUACCUUUCUCCCACCAACACUGACAACCGCCUCCGUCGCUCCCUCCAUUCCCUCCGAGAUCCAACCGUCUAUGCUAGAGUCCUACCCAACUAUUCUUUCUCCUCUGCUAACAGCCCGCUAUAUAUCUUCUGCCCCAACUGCCGAAUUGCAUCCGCGCGUCUUGGGCAGUCGGUCCUUCCUAUUCGACCCUACUUCACUUGAGGCGUAUGUUUCUGAUCAGAUGACCUGGUGGCGCGGCCAGCGAACCCCGCGCGGUGUCGAAGUUAUGGAGGCUUGGAAAUGCCGCAUCUGCGAGUUUCAGGACGAGUGCGAGUGGCGCCAGGAGCGGGAGUGGGCGUAUGCGAGGAAAAAGCGGCAUAACGCGGCGGCUUGA